GUUUUAUUGCGAUUACUGUGACACGUACCUCACCCAUGACUCGCCCUCUGUGAGAAAAACCCACUGCAGUGGCCGAAAACACAAAGAGAAUGUGAAAGACUACUAUCAAAAAUGGAUGGAGGAACAAGCUCAGAGCCUGAUUGACAAAACAACGGCUGCAUUCCAGCAAGGGAAAAUCCCACCUACACCGUUCUCGGCACCACCUCCCGCAGGAGCCAUGAUACCGCCUCCUCCCAGCAUCCCUGGCCCCCCGCGGCCCGGCAUGAUGCCGGCCCCUCACAUGGGCGGACCGCCGAUGAUGCCGAUGAUGGGCCCGCCCCCGCCGGGAAUGAUGCCGGUUGGACCCGCUCCAGGGAUGAGGCCACCGAUGGGAGGACACAUGCCAAUGAUGCCGGGGCCACCGAUGAUGAGGCCACCCUCCAGGCCCAUGAUGGUGCCCACCAGGCCAGGAAUGACCCGUCCAGACAGAUAAAGGUGGAAACAGAGCUGCCUUUGCUUUGUCGUAUUAAAAUCUUUCAUACGAUAAAAUGCCAUAGACCUUUGUCCCUAGGAUUUUGUAUUAAACCAGUGUGUAGAGGAGAUCUGCUCUUCCUUCAGAUUGCAGGUGGUUUGACCUAGAUGCACACUGGACUGAUGCUUUUGUACCUGGUCUGGGGUUUUUUGGU